UUUCAUAAUAAACCAACAGGAGGCAGUAUGUACAAGGCUUGCAUACAAAGAAUACAAAGAUAUAAGAGUUGACUUUAUGCUUUUACAUAUGCUUAUUUUUUCUUAACACGUUUGUUAUAAAUAUUUUCUGAAAUGGAAUUUUUAAGCCAUACCGUGUUAUUUUAUGUAGGGCUAUGCAGAGCUUUCGCAUUAAUAAUUGUUAGGCUAUUGUUAUGUAUAUUUUAUCAAGUCCGUCCGGACCUAACUAUGUCUCAUUUGAAAUCGAAGACCUUUUAUAUACACAACGACAAUAUAAAUACUAAAAAUGUGCAUGUAAAUACAUGUGUGACGUCAACGUCCCUAGGAACGUCAGUUCGUACGUCAUAGUCACGUGGUAACAUUUGAAAUUAAACCUAGAACCGCACAGCAACAACACUGCUGUCAGCUAACAGCAUUUCGGAUAUAACCUCUUAUUCGAGCGAACUGUGACGGAACAGGAAUAUUUUAUGACUUUCUGAGGUAUAGUCGUGGAUUUAACAACUUAUACAUGUAACAUCUCAGGAUGGCUUUAGGGAUUGAAAAAUCAAAAUUCUUGAAGAUGGAUGAACCGUCGCCUCACAUUUGGAGCGCUCCAGGGGUCACGCUGGAGACUGCGGCCCCGUCCCAGAGGAGCCAGACUCAGGAGGACGGUAACGUGCAGAUCAUGUACUGUAAAGAUCUGGUGUAUCAGGGAGACGAAGAGUUCAGUUUGGAAGAGCUCAGAGCGCAGCGCUACUAUAAAGCUAUGAGCGAAAAAGCUUCACACCUGAACAAACUAAAGCAGGACCUGCAGCUUCGGAUUGAGCAGAAACAGAGACUCAUUCAGCAGAGAAACGUCCCAGCAGAGAAACAGCAGUCUGGUCAUGAGGAAGCCAGUUCUUCCUUCCAGAAAUCUGGAGGUUUGUGUGAAUCUGCUGUGGUGAAGUCAGCUCCGUUCAGCGUUUACAGCGAGCAGGAGGAAAAUCGCGUGGUUAGCAGUAGAAGCUCUGUGAGGCGAGAGGACGGCGUGAAUCAAACUGGAAGCGACACUAAACUGCAGAAAACAGAAACGGCAAAACCCUUCACUGUUUAUGAUGAGAACACACUGACCAAUAAAACAUCAUCUUCGGUGAAUCGUAAAUCUCUGAAGCUGCCCACCUUGAGUCUGAAAGGGCCGAAGUCAAAAGCGGAGCUCGUCACAGACAAACAGGACGCGUCAAUCUCUCGCUCAGAGGAAGCCAUCAUCAACGGCCACUGGAAUAAGACUCUGUGCCGGAGUCCAGACGACACGUGUGAAUUCGCCCGCGCCGCUCAGCUCGCGUCCACUCCGUUUGCAGGCGUCGAGAGGCCGAAAGUGUCCGAAUCGGGGCUGACGGAGAACCUGAGCCGAGCGGCCCCAGAAUGCACUAAAACAACCAACUCUAACACACCCGCUGAGGAGAAAAAACUCAGUCCUAUCCUAGAGAUCAGUCAGGAGUGGGGCGGCACUUCCUUCCCUACCUUAACCCACGACCCCAUGAAGCACUUAAAUGAGCCUGAGAUCAGCCGAGCCGUGGAAAGACCAGAAACGCUGCUGGAGGAAGUCACUGAAUCGAUGGACGUCUGCGGUUUGGACGUCAGAUCCAGGCUGUUUAAUCAAGCAGACGUGACAUCGUUCUCCAACUUCCAGCGGAAAAGCGGCCGUCUGCCGGACACCUGCGGGAACGAUGACCUGGAUCUCGAUGGAGAGCUGUUGCUUUAUUGCCGUACGAUGGAGACACUGAAGGAUUUCUCUCUGUACUCGUCCGGCUCCGCUGCUGUUUUUCUGAAGAUGGACUCGUCUGCAGUGCCGUGGGAUUUCUUCAUCUGCUCACGGCUCAUGUCCCGGCGGUCUCGUGAUGAAGCGGACUGUGACGUCCAGAUGUGCUGUCGUGUUUAUGAGAACGGCUGCAUGACGUUCUGGAGGCUUCCUCAUGGAGACACGGUUCAGGAUCUCCUCGCUGAGCCCAUUGCUGGAAAGGAUGCUUUUCUGUUAGUCAUUCUGUUGCUGGAGUUGGUGAAAGAGUUUCAUUCCUGUCAGGUGGUUCAUGGAGGCCUGAAGCCGGAAUCCCUGUAUUUUUACAACAGCGGCAUCGCAGCACUAGAUUUCUCAAACUCGGUGGAUCUGCAGCUCCAGACUGACGUCACAACAGCACAGGCUUUUCCUUCGGCACAGAAAUACAUACAGCAGGGUCUUCUGUCGCCUUCUGCCUCACCUUAUCAGGUUGAUCUGAUCAGCGUUGCAGAAAUCGUUCACAUGCUGCUGUUCAAUCGUCCUAUGAAAGUGACGCAGGAAAACUCGGUCUGGAGUUUGGAUGAAGGAUCUGGAUCUCAGCACAGCGUUCCUGUCGAGUCUUUAUGGAAAGACUUUUUCCACAUGAUUUUGAAUCCAGAUCAAAAGUCUUCAGAGCUCAUUUUGUCCGACCUCAUCAGUAACGUGAGGAACAGCUUAUGAAGUCGAGCUACAUUAGUUUGUUGUAAAAUAAUGGCACGUUUUAAACGGCAGCACCGCAUGUGAAAUGCUGACUUUGAAAUUAAUGUUAUAUAUUGCUCUUUAUACGCAUAAAUAAACUAUUUUAACAACACAGUCUUG